AUGGCCAUGCGCUUCCACCAGAAGCGCUUCUUCGCGUACCCGAAUGGCGCCCCCAGUCUGCACACGCUCAGCUCCGUGGCUUCCCACAGCUACACGCUGGUGACAACUGAUCGGUCUGUGUCGCUUCUGGGCUACGGAGAUGUUGGCUAUAGCCUGCACAAGCUCGAGGUGGACGCUCUCCAUGCUGGGAAGGCGGGCGUAGUGGCCAGUGCAGCCAUUGAGCGACUAGGAGCGCUCCAGUCGCGCGUGGCGAUCGCGUACGCUGUCGGAGACGCUCUCUUCCUGCAGGUUGUGGCACCCCAUCACGAGUCUUUGGGCAACGGAGAAGCUGCCCAAGUUUCCGGCUGCGGGAAGUUCGAGUUGGAGGCGGCACCGACGCACAUGUUCAGUGUGCAGGCGUCAGGGAGCACCGGAGACGUGUUCUACGGCGUCAUGGUGUGUUGUACUGACACCAUGAUGGCAUUUGGGUAUGUUGAGAAUGGGAAAGGAACCCAUUCCAGUGGGUCUAGUACCGGAUGUGCGCGCUUGGACAGCGAGCAGUUUGCUGCUUUCUUCCCCGAGUUUGCAACGUUCUCCCACACAGUCCUGGCGGUGGAUAUCUUCACAUCACCUGAGAGAGACCAAGGCUGGAUCGCAUUUGGCUGUGCUGACGGGUUGGUGCGUGUGCUCCAGGGGCAAGUGCUCGGAGGAUGCCUUGGAGGGCCGUUCAAGACAAAAGAACUACAGCUGAACGGGCCAGUGACGUCCGUUGCUCUUUUCCCCAAGCGAGCUGUUUCUUCAUCAUGGCAGUGUAAUCUGCUGGUAACAUGUGCGAUCGGCCAAGCGCUGGUCUACGAAGAUCUGUACAGUUCUGCUGAUGGAAGUAGCGGUGAUGGCGAAGUGUUGGUGGACUCUGACACGUUUGAUUCAAUCUUCGCGGGCAUCACUACUGACAUCGACCUGGACGGAGAGGUCGAGCUUUUGUUGGGGACGGAUGGCCAAGUGCUGCUUGCAUACGAAGAAAGAAAGGGAAGACGGAAGUGGCAGCGGUUGACACGGAGCCGCUGGGACUUGGAGACGUUCGGAGCCAUCUACAGUCUCCUAUGGCGAGACGUCAACCACGACGGCGUUCCCGAAUUGCUCGUCGCCAGUUCCACCGGAGUCUACGUCUACGAAGCCGACCCAGCCUUCGUCAUCAAGAAGCUCGAGUCUGUGCUGUCGGCAUUAUCGGCCACUUCAACUACAGCGCCACCGCCGUCGUCAAGCGCAAAGUGA